AUGGUUCAAAUCUUUACUACCGCGGCCGCUUUGUUGGCCCUUGCUUCCAUCGGGAGAGUUGCCAGCGCCCCGACUGAACCCCAGGGGAACGUCACGUUUGUUUCUCGUACUCUGGAGGAGGCCAGAGCCUUGUCCGAACUGUUCAAACGAGAUGGGCCUGCUGAGCCCGCCAGUCUCGAGAGCCGCCAGGUCCCGGCCUUCGGCGCAUACUUUGAAAAUUGGGCCUUCCAGGGCGCCGGCUUCUACCAUCGCGCCAACAUCGAUAACAAGGGUUACUAUAUCGGCGACGAGUGGAACAAUCGUAUUUCCAGUAUCCAGAACUUCGACUAUGAUAAGAAGUGCACUUACUGGACGGACUGGGACGGCAAUAGCGCAUGCUACGGCGUCGGCAUUGUUCUCGCUGGACGGGUGGAAUACGCCUAUCUGGACUACCCUUUCAAUGACGCUAUCAGCUGCCGACAGUGCGGGUGGAACUAA